AAGACCUGAAUGAAUAUAAAAUUAAUUUUAUCAUUAUUUAUUAUAUUAUUACCAUGAGGAAACUUCCAUUACAUGGUGGCUUCAGAUUUAGUGGGAAGAGUGAGGAGAAUCUUAUUAAGAAUCACAACUUCUGUUCUUAUGGUAGGGCCAGAUUGCCACGCAGACGCAUCUGCAGAUAUUUCUCAGUGUAUGAAGAAAAAGGAAAAACAACAACUAAAUGUCUCAAAACAGAACAAAUGGUGAAAUCUGGGGUGAGGCGGAGAGGGGGAUUGACAUCUUACAAUUAAAUAAAGGCAUUGCCACAGAGCAGCUUCUGGAAAAAGUUGAGCCAGGCCUGGAUUUUUAAUUUUUCUAGCUCCAUGCUUUGACUGGUUGGAAGUAUUGAGCUUCCUUUCAGAUUUGAAUGAACCACAAAAGGAAAACAUAUUGUUCCCUUUUUUCAGCACUCCUCACUCCUUGCUCCCUUCUUUACUUCCUUUCCUGAGUCUCUGCUCCAAUAUAAGAAAUCAAAAUGGUGGCACUUCCUUGAUGAGAGCAGAGAGUGAGUAGCUGUGGGGCUUUAUAGGAGGAUGGAGUGCUACAUAAACUCUACUUGGCUGAUCUCAUGAUGAAAAGCAACUGACAUGGAGAACUGGAGUAUGCUUUAUCAUUGAUGCUCCCCAUUUCUUGACCAUGUGGUAAGGACUGCUUCAAAAGACCCUGGCAUUAAGCCUGCUGGGGGUGGGACAGCUGUGGGGCAAGGCAGCUCCAGCCAGGGCCUGCUGGGCCUUUAAUCUUUCCACACAUGUUCACAUAUGUACAGGAAUCCAGCAGAUGGGCAGCAAGCAAGCUUGGGUAGCAAUCCACUGACAAGGAGCAGUAUCUCUGAAUAAAUCUCAGUGGCCUGGGUUGCAGAUUUCGCUCUAGGGGAUGGGAACUUCAACAAGGAGAAAAGGCGUUCACCCAACUUUUUCCUGAAAUGCCAGAGGAAUAAAACAGGUCAGCAGUGAAUACGAAAUUAGCUUUUGGCCAGUCUCCAAAGUGAUUUGACCUAUUUAGGAGUCAUUGAGAAUAAGCCAAAGGAAGUUCAGUGGCCUGCAUCUUGAUUUGUCAAGGGAGAAGAGCGAGGGUAAGGACCGCCAGACAGCCGGGUUCCCUGAGUCACUUGUUAUGGAGCAUAUGAAUGAAUAUGGCUGGAAUUCAUGAGAAGGGUUCUGGGACAUUGACUUUGGGCCAACUCCUGGCACAACUUAGCGUGCUAAUGUUAACCCCAGCAGAUAUGUUGAUAAUCUGGUGUGCCAGCUCAGUGGCCCUGGUCACUGAAAGGACCAUAUCAGAUUCUGAAAGCCUUCCCACAGGUUAAAUGAUUCUCCAAGACCCUUCUGUAAAAGGUAAACUCAGGCCAGGUCAGCAAAGGGAGUAUAGACAUUAGGGCUUCAGUGGAGAGCAAAACCACAAAAAUACUGAGGCCAGCUCCACUACAGCCUAGCAGGUCAGAGUUGGUAGUGGAUGCAGUUGAUGCCCUGCCUAUAUCUCCUUUACCAGCUGGUGCACUCCUCCUCCAGCUACUGUGAGUGUGGGCUGCUAAAGGCUACAGCUGCCCCCUCCCCAGAGAAUUGCUGUUUCCAACCCUCUUGCCUCAAGGUGAGACCAGCUCUGUGGUGCAAUUUGUACUCCAGAGCUUCCUGCGGGAUCAGGCUGAAGCAAAUCUCCAGCUGAGGCCACAUCCUUGCUUACUCCCUUCCCUUCCUGCAUCCUGCUUCCUUCAUGCCCCUUCUAGUGAAAGCACUAGAGGCAGCUCUAAAAACACAGAUUCCCAGGCCCUACAUCCAGAGAUUUUGAUUCAGUGGGUCUAGGGUGGGGCCUGAGAUUCUGCAGUUUUCCUUAGUGGAUCCUUGGGAAUUUUAACUCAGCCAAUCCUUUGACCAAUGGGAACCACUCAUUCUAAUUCAUUGUCUUUCCUUCCUUUCUUAGGUCUUUUAGGAAACAUUUAUUGAUCAAGUUCAGGAACAAACCACACAAUCUGUCAAAGACACUAAGAAACAGAGAUUUAAAUAAAAGCAUCCAGUGUUCUUGGCAAAUCUCUUGAAGUCCAGCAUACCAUGCUGACUCUCCGAACUUUUUAAGUAAAUUGUAUCUUUACAUGUUUUUGUCUGUGUCCUGAAAUGUAAAGGUCUGUCUGGUUGGGAAAAGGGAGACUCUUUUGAGGCACUGAAUUGCCAUGGAGCUUUCCAAAAAAGGGAUAUUUGACCAAACUUAGGAUUUAAUUAAUGCUUCCCAGUCUCCAUGCUCAGAAGUGUUAACCUACUUAACCCCCCUUUUACUAACAGGCCGCGAUUUUCAAUAUUAUUGGUUGUGUGGAUGUUUUGGUGAUGAAAUUCGAAGAGAAAUAUUUUGCUCUAUUAUCAGGGACCCUGUGAUAGGAAGACUUAUGAAUAGGUUCUCAUGAAAGACGUGAUCCUAAGAAAUUUAAAGCAAAUUGAUUAAAUAACUGAAUGAAGAUGGUUCAGCGUAAUGCAGAAUAAGGGAGUAUUCUAGAUUUUGUAAUGAUAAUGAUGAUAACAGUGAUAAGAAUAGCAACAAAACAUGAUUGCUCAGAUUUUUUGAGUGCUUACUAUGUUUAAGGAUCGGCGCUAAUUACUUGGUCUGCAUUAUCUUAUUGAAUCCUCCCAACAACUCUUUGAGGUAAAUAUAUCCGUUGGGGAUUAGCAAAGGCUUCCAAAAGAUGACAUUUUCUUUCUUUCUUAUGUAAAAGUAGUCCAGGGUUGGUAUGGAGACUCAGCAGUAAUGAGGGACCAAGCUUCCUUCCAGCUCCAGAUUCCACCAUUAUUAGAUUGUGGCCCACAUCUUCGUGGUCCAAGAUAACUACUGGAGCUCUACUCAUCACAUCAUUGGCCCAAGCAGGAGGAUAAAAGAAGGAGCAUGAUGCUUGUCCCCUAAAGAGACUUUCUAGAAAUCCACCACAAUUGCUUUUAUCCCAUUGGCCAGAUAGCAGCCCCUAGCUACAAGGGGGGCCUGAACAGGUAGCCUCUUGGUUGUAUGGCAAUGGACCCUGUUUAAAAAAUUGAGAUUUUGUCAAUUUGAAGGAGAAGGCAAACAUGGAAGGUUUGGUUGGAAAUUAACAACCAUAGUAGGUAAUAUUCUUAUCACCAUUUUGCAGAUAAGAAAAACGAGGCACUGAGAGACUGAGUGACUUAGCCAUGUUCACACAACCUACAGGUGGCAGAGCCACGGUAGGACCCAGGUCUCUCUGACCUGAGCUUCCCUCUCUUGAUUACUAUUCCCUCCUGCCCAUUUUUGCUAUGUUGUACAACAGUUAUGUUUCCUUAGAGAUGCAUUUGUUCAUUUCCUGUUUUCUUCCUGGUGUGCCUUUUACCCUCUUCUUUGCGUAAAUCCCAGCCAUGCUUCAAAGCUCAGCUCUGAUGUCCCAGAAAGCCCUUCCCUGCAGCCCAGCUGCUUUCUUCAUCCAGCAAAUGUUUAUUGAGCACCUAUGAUGUGCCAGGCACUGUUCUAGGCACUUGGGCUUCAUCAGUGAUAAAAACAAAGACUCCUGCUAGCUUAAUAGGUAUGUGAUCUUGGUCAUGUUCCUUAAGCUUUCUGAGCCUCAAUUUCCUCAUCUGUAAAAUGGGAAUAAUAAAACUUACUGCACAGGGUUAUUAUAAGGACUAAAUCAGAUACUAUAUGGCAAGUGCAGUCACUGGCGCAUCAUUAAAUUUUGAAAAUUGGUACCUAUCAUUAUUAUUACAUUGUUGUUGUUGUUGUUGUUAUGAACUUGUCUAUCUUCUCCAAUAGGCUAUAAAUUUCUCAUGGGCAGGAAUAGUACCCAAGGCAUUCUGGUAUCACCCAAACAUCUAACCAAAGUGGGGGCUUAGUAAAUGUUUGGUGAGUGGAUAAAAAGGGUCUCAGCGUAGAGAGGACUUCCUGCUUUCUUUCGCUGCUAGAUUUAGGAAACAGUGAGAAAGAGACUAAGCCCCACAGGAACUUUUUUUUGCCUAAUUUAAGCUGUGAGCUGUGGUGGGUGGUGUGCUAAAGAAAAACAAGACUGAAUAAUAAUCUACUCCUCAUACUCUCCUGGAAGGCUGCAGAAAGAAAAUAUAUUCUUUUCCUUUUAGGGUUUCUUGUUUUCACCUUCUCUGAUAGACUGAGUGUGCCAGUAAGUCCCGCUGACCUCUUUUUUGUGUUUUUACUGUCUCCUAAUUCUCUUCUCCAUACUUCUCUAUUCUUCGCCUUAGUCUCUGCCCUCUAUGAGAAUAGUGUUGCUGGCCUAGUAUCCACAGAAGAAACUUCUGGAAGUCAAGAGGCAUUGUGCAUCUGGGGUCCAGAGCUGUUGCAUUCUAGUCCCAGAGACAGCAUCCCACAAAGAUCUAACCCGUGGUUGCAUCAAAACUGCGUGUCAGGUUUUCUGACCACCGAACUCUCUCCAUUUUGUCUUCUCAGCACAGCCUUCCCCUUGGCCCUUCUGCAAAGGUGAAAGGCAAGUUCACAGGAUGCGAGACCUUCUUUCUUCCCUGACAUCUGGUUUGAUUCUGGGCAGCUAAAUAGUGGCUUUGCCAUGAACAACAAAAGCUAAUUCACUGUGGUUUUUAAACACCAAGUGCAAAUAUUUUUCCUUUUCAGCUUGGGGUCACUGGAAGGGAAAAAACAGGGCUGAGAAGGAGAUUAACCUUUUAAAAACUAUUAUGACUUCCCAUAGAAAAUAAAACAAUGGCAUCAUUUCCUUCCAUUCGUGAGAGUCUUUUUCUGAGUGAUUGUUGUUUGAGGCAAGAAUGGGUAUCUGAAGAUUUUUAAAUACUGUUUUAGCUUGGUUUUCUACUCAAAAGCCCACCAUGAUUGCUUUUAAGAGCCCACACAGAUCCCAAGGAAGCCCAGAGCCAUCCUCUUUGCUUUCUCUCUCCUCUGUCUUCAUCCCUGGUUGACUUUCCCUCCACCUUCUCUCUAGCCCUUUGGUUUCUUCCCUCCAGUAAGGCCCUGACACUCUGCUAAUGAGAGGGAAAUGCAGGCAGAAGCACUGCAAUUCGCAGUAUUUUAAGCAAUGGCUGUGCCAUCCGCUGAUCCCACUAACAGAUGCCUGGAAGGUUGAAGAUUCUGUGUGGGUCACUUCUCUGAGGUCCCAGCCAAACGUUCUGUUGAUUUGGGCUGUCUUAAUGCCUCCCAGAAUCUCGGAACCAUUCCGUUCCUCUUCAGAAAUGAAGUCACCCAUUCUGGCUCUUGCUCCACACGAUUAAGGAACAGAUGCAUCCAAUGCAGAGAGCUGACACCGUCAGCAGAAACCUGGCAACUAUCUGAGGAGAAAGCAAGUCCAUCUACCUCACUAUUAGUUAUUUCAGUGUUCUCUCGGGACUGCAAAACAAAAUCUGUUCUCUGACUUUCCAUUAGUUUCUCUUCUUUCCUUCUCUCCAUCCUUCCAGCUUUUGCACUUGGAUUCAAUCGUUGGGUUCAUGUGGGAGGUGAAGCGUGUGCCAUGAUGACAUAAAGGCUAUUAACGCUCAAGCUAUGGAAGUCCCUACAAUCUCCCUUUCUUGCCAAGAGGAUGACUUGAACAGGCUCCAGGAUGGUUGAUGUUUAUGAAGGGGCUUGAGGAUCCUUGCCAUGUACUAUUACUGUUGUUAUUGGCAUUGCAGGAGUCUAACAUGUUGAUACAGGUGGUGUGUGGUUGCUGGUGGGAGGGGAUCAGAAAUUGAUUUGCAACCUGCAAAGAGCCAACUCUAAUUGUAUCCCGCCCCCAUCCUUUCAGUGUGUUUGCAAAUAUUUGCAGACCUGUUGAACAGCUUACCCUCACACUAGCCUAAAAUUUCACAGCCAAGUAAACCAGCCCCAGCCUGGUGACAAGAAUGGGUGGCAACGUGGGGCAGCUGUGGGGUGAUGGAAUGGGACGUAUUCCUUGUCACAACUGGACAGUUGGCAUAGGGGCUGGGCUGCUGUGGCUCCCUAGGUUUUAGUAUUUGUCCAGCUUCCUGUCUCUGGCAGUGUGCUAAGGGUUUCCAUAGCCACGUGGCACUUGGCAGAGCUUCUCAAACUGAUGCGACCUGAGAGUCUGCAUUUCUAACAAGCUCCCAGGUGAUGCCAUGCUACUGACCACCUGGCCUAUUGCACUUGAAGCAGUGAGGCUGUAAAAAGUACCACUGCAUUCUAAAGUCCUCCAGGGCUGGAAAAAGAAAGUGCUAAGCCCCUCCUCUGGAGACAGGGUGUGUCAGAGGCUGCCCUGGAGUCCUGAUUUGCCAUUCAAGUGAACCCUGGAGGGAUUAGCAGCUGGCCCAGCACUUGGGUGAGACCAUCUCCCCCUCCAGGGGGGAGUCCUGGAGGCAGCGCAGAUGUUGUGUGAAAAUCUGCCACCGUCCUUGCCGAAGGUUGCCCUCUCUCGCCCUCCCACCCCCCUGCUCUGCCUGCCGACUUAAGCAGAUCAGCUUUCGGCUCUCUGGGACUCCGAGAGGGCUUUGGAUAAAAGAAAAGGCCCGUCCUUAAGAAGCAGAGCUGGAAUCCAAGCAUGCCUCUCGCCUGCUGCAUGCCCAAGAAUGCAGCUGUCUCCAACCUGGACAUUGAGAGUAAACUGAGUGUGUACUACCGUGCCCCGUGGCACCAGCAGAGAAACAUCUUCCUCCCAGCCACAAGGCCGCCCUGCGUGGAGGAGCUGCACCGCCACGCCCGGCAGAGUCUGCAAGCCCUGCGCAGAGAACACCGGAGCCGGAGUGAUCGCCGGGAGCAGAGAGCCACUGUCCCCCUUUCUGUAGGAGCUCCUCCACUGCCGGCCUACCCGCCAGCUCACAGCCAGAGGAGGCGCGAAGUUAAGGACCGGCACUUCUUAACGUUUAACAGCACCCGUUCGCCCUCCCCCACUGAGUGUUGCCACAUGACCCCAUGGAGUAGAAAGUCCCAUCCCCCAGAGGAUGAAGAUACAGAUGUCAUGUUAGGGCAGAGGCCGAAAAACCCAGUACACAAUAUCCCCUCGACACUGGACAAGCAGACCAACUGGAGCAAAGCACUACCUCUCCCGACGCCAGAGGAGAAGAUGAAACAAGAUGCUCAAGUGAUUUCUUCUUGCAUUAUUCCCAUCAAUGUCACCGGAGUUGGUUUUGACAGAGAGGCUAGUAUACGCUGCUCUCUUGUUCAUUCACAAUCCGUACUACAGCGGAGACGAAAACUGAGGAGGAGGAAAACCAUCUCGGGUAUCCCCAGAAGAGUCCAACAAGAAAUAGAUUCUGAUGAAUCGCCCGUGGCCAGGGAAAGGAAUGUGAUUGUGCACACAAAUCCAGACCCUUCCAACACUGCCAAUAGGAGGUCUGGAACCAGAGACUCAGAGUGCCAAACUGAGGAUAUUCUGAUUGCUGCUCCAUCCAGAAGGAGAAUCAGAGCUCAGAGGGGUCAAAGCAUUGCAGCUUCCCUUUCUCAUUCCGCUGGCAACAUUUCUGCAUUGGCAGACAAAGGCGACACCAUGUUUACUACUGCAGUGAGCAGCCGCACAAGAUCUCGGAGCCUUCCCCGGGAGGGCAAUAGAGGUGGGGAUGCUGAGCCUAAAGUUGGUGCUAAACCCUCAGCAUAUGAAGAGGGGGAGCCUUUUGUGGGCGACCGAGAAAGAACCUCUAAUGAUUGCAGCGAGGCUCCCAGCAGUCCAAGUGCACAGGAACACCAGCCUGCUUUGGGCCUGUCCUGUUCGCAACAUCUUCACAGCCCCCAGCACAAGUUAAGUGAGAGAGGGAGGUCACGUCUGUCCCGAAUGGCUACCGACUCUGGCAGCUGUGACAUCUCCUCCAACUCAGACACCUUUGGGAGCCCCAUCCACUGCAUCUCCACAGCUGGUGUCCUCCUCAGCAGCCACAUGGACCAGAAGGACGACCACCAGUCAUCCAGUGGCAACUGGAGUGGGAGCAGCUCCACAUGCCCCUCACAGACCUCAGAGACAAUCCCUCCUGCAGCUUCUCCUCCCCUCACUGGCUCUUCGCACUGUGACUCAGAGUUGUCACUAAACACAGCUCCUCAUGCUAAUGAGGACACCAGUGUCUUUGUGACAGAACAGUACAAUGACCAUCUGGAUAAAGUGAGAGGCCACCGGGCAAACUCCUUUACCUCCACUGUGGCAGAUCUGCUGGAUGACCCCAACAAUAGCAACACAAGUGACAGUGAGUGGAAUUAUCUACAUCACCAUCAUGAUGCCUCCUGUCGCCAGGAUUUUAGUCCUGAGCGCCCCAAGGCAGACAGCCUGGGCUGCCCUAGCUUCACGAGCAUGGCCACUUACGACAGCUUUCUGGAAAAGUCUCCAUCAGACAAAGCAGACACUAGCUCUCACUUUUCGGUGGACACAGAAGGAUACUACACCUCCAUGCACUUUGACUGUGGUCUCAAAGGUAGUAAGAGUUAUGUCUGUCACUAUGCAGCCCUGGGCCCAGAGAAUGGCCAGGGCAUUGGGAUCCCUCCUACUCUUCCGGACUGUGCCUGGCAGGACUACUUAGACCACAGGAAGCAAGGGAGACCAAGCAUCUCUUUCAGGAAACCAAAGGCAAAGCCGACCCCACCAAAACGUAGCUCAUCGCUGAGGAAGUCCGAUGGAAAUGCAGACAUUUCUGAGAAGAAAGAACCAAAGAUAAGCAGUGGCCAGCUCCCGCCUCAUAGUUCCAGGGAAAUGAAGCUGCCUCUUGAUUUCUCCAACACGCCUUCUCGAAUGGAAAAUGCCAGUCUUCCCACCAAGCAGGAACCUUCUUGGAUGAACCAGAGUGAACAUGGUAUUAAGGAACCUCAGUUAGACACUUCAGAUAUUCCACCAUUCAAAGAUGAAGGUGCUGAAUCAACUCACUAUGCAGACCUCUGGCUUCUAAAUGACUUGAAAACAAAUGAUCCUUACAGAUCUUUAUCUAAUUCAAGCACUGCUACGGGUACCACAGUUAUCGAAUGCAUCAAAUCUCCAGAGAGCUCUGAAUCCCAAACAUCCCAGUCAGAAUCAAGAGCCACCACCCCAUCCCUUCCUUCUGUUGACAAUGAGUUUAAACUGGCUUCACCAGAAAAGCUGGCUGGCUUGGCAUCUCCAUCAAGUGGCUACUCAAGCCAGUCUGAAACGCCAACAUCCUCUUUCCCUACAGCUUUCUUUUCUGGUCCAUUGUCUCCUGGAGGUAGCAAAAGAAAACCGAAAGUCCCAGAAAGGAAAUCCUCACUACAGCAACCCUCUUUAAAAGAUGGAGCUCUAUCACUGAGUAAAGAUCUUGAACUUCCAAUUAUACCUCCUACCCAUCUUGACCUAAGUGCUCUUCAUAACGUCUUGAAUAAACCAUUCCACCACCGUCACCCAUUGCAUGUUUUUAGUCAUAAUAAGCAGAACACAGUAGGAGACACACUGAGGUCAAAUCCUCCACCGUCCCUUGCAAUUACACCGACAGUCCUGAAAUCUGUUAACCUUAGGUCCAUCAGUAAGUCUGAAGAAGUUAAGCAAAAAGAAGGCAACAAUACAGAUCUCCCCUACUUAGAGGAAAGCACUCUCACAAUGGCUGCCCUGUCUCCAGGUAAGAUUAGGCCACAUAUGGCUAAGAAAUCACUAUCACGUCAGUACUCCACUGAAGACACCAUACUGUCCUUUUUAGACUCCUCUGCAGUGGAAAUGGGACCAGAUAAACUACAGUUAGAAAAAAACUGUACUUUUGAUGUGAAGAAUCAUUGUGAUCCAGAAACAGUAACCUCAGCUGGCAGCAAUCUUCUAGAUUCAAGUGUCACAAAAGACCAAAUACACAUGGAGAGUGAGCCUAUUCCAGAAAACACACCAAGCAAAAAUGGUGACUUUCCCACAGAAGGAUUUCAGAGGGUCUCUGCUGCCCGCCCAAAUGACUUGGAUGGCAAAAUACUCCAAUAUGAAGCUGGUCCAGAUGGAGCCCUGGCACAGGUCCAGAAGGCAUCCUCUGUAGAUCGGGAGGAAGUUGCACACCCUGAGUCUGUGGAUGUGCUCACAUCUCAGUCAAACUCCCCAACUAGAGUGACAGACAUAAGCAAUCAACUUAAACAUCAACUGGGGAUGAGCCGCCACCAUGACAAAGUGCCUGGGAAUAUCAGCUACAAAGCAGAGAUAUCAACUGCAAAUUCAUGCCCUGAAAAAUGUUCCGAGCAGGAAAAUAUUGCUUCAGGUAUUUCAGCCAAAAGUGCCUCUGAUAACAGCGGAGCAGAGGAGACCCACGGAGGUGUGGAUGACACUUCAUUGAAAGAAUCGUCACCGAGUGAUGACUCUCUGAUUUCACCACUUAGUGAAGACUCUCAGGCUGAAGCAGAAGGUGUGUUCGUGUCUCCAAACAAACCUCGAACAACUGAGGAUUUAUUUGCAGUCAUUCACAGGUCCAAGAGGAAAGUACUUGGAAGAAAAGAUUCUGGGGACAUGUCUGUUCGAAGCAAAUCAAGAGCUUCCCUUGGCAGCAGCAGCAGCAGCAGCAGCAGCACUGGCUCCGUCACUUCACCUAACAGCAAUGUGACCACCCCAAACAGCCAGAGGUCUCCUGGCCUCAUCUACCGAAAUGCCAAAAAGUCCAACACAUCGAACGAAGAGUUUAAGCUGUUACUCCUCAAGAAAGGCAGUCGCUCGGAUUCCAGUUACCGUAUGUCUGCUACCGAGAUCCUGAAGAGUCCCAUCCUGCCCAAACCUCCUGGGGAGCUCACAGCCGAGUCCCCCCAAAGCACCCAUGAGGCCCAUCAGGGGGCGCCUGGGGCCGAGGCACUGUCCCCACUCUCUCCAUGCACCCCGCGAGUUAAUGCAGAAGGGUUUUCCUCAAAGAAUUUUGCCACCUCAGCAUCGGCAAGGGUUGGACGUUCCCGGGCACCCCCUGCAGCCAGCAGCAGCCGCUACAGUGUCCGCUGCAGGCUGUACAACGCACCCAUGCAGGCCAUCUCUGAGGGCGAGACGGAAAAUUCUGACGGAAGCCCGCACGACGACCGAUCCUCCCAGAGUUCAACAUAAGUGGCCUGUGCCAGGCUGGCUGUCAAAGGCCAAAACCCUUAGCUAUAUGAGGACGGAGGAAUAGCACAGAGGACUUGGGAGAAGUCAGGACACCAUGGGGUACCAUCACUGCUUACCAAUGAAUUCCUAAAUAUUUGCUGGGGAAGCGGAAGGUGGUUUGAUCUUUCUUGAUUAUUUUCCAUGUUUUUAAGUAGCUGCACUGUCUUUCAUAUUUUUCUUUAGCUUAGUUUGAUUUAUCCAAUCUCAUUCCUUUUGAUAAUAUAGAAUUCGAAAAUGUCUGCUUUUCGUGGAACUUAGAAAAAGAUUUCCCAGAGCUGCCUAUUCAGAAAACAAAGCCCUCACUGUCAUAAUUCUUAAGAUGAAAUUACUCUGGAGGUUUGGUAUUUUUUUACAUUAAAAUGAACUAAAGCAAAAUUUAGAAGAAAGAACUACACACAUGUAAAUACCAUAUUUUUGAUAAAAAUGUGUAAAUAGAUUUAUCAAUGAUGAGUGGACAUGUGGCCAAUUAUCUACCACACACCAACUGUUUAUAGAACACAACAAAUAAAGUGUAAUAAUUGUAUUCUGUGAAUACCAUUUUCAUAUCAAAUACCAUAUUUAAAUGUCCACCAAUAUGAUUUCUGAGUGAUAAACCUCAAUAUGAAUCUUAAAGUGGUGAAAUAAAGGAAAUCCUGAGGUCAUAUAUGGAGUGUGAUUAAUUUAAAAUAAUGAAUUCAGACCUAACCAUUUUUGUGACAAAUUGCAGCACCCAACAAGCUAAUAGUAACAUGUGGCUGUGAUUGGCCACGUGGUGAUUCGGACAGAAUGAAAAGCAUGCUUUUGAUUUUUCUUUUAAAUCAAUGAGAGAAAUCUCGUUCUCAACACAAAGCCCUGAACAACAGCAUUUGACAGUGUCCUUUAGACUUUAAUUUUUCAGCGGAUUGCUUUAAAGAGAAUGAGUAGGGACAACAAUAGCUAAUUUUAGGUUAUGUUUUAUAUUAGGCUACUGGGGACAUAAACAGUCAUAAUCUAAUGACUAUAAUCUUUAAACUCCUUAAACAGUUUAGCAAUGAGCUCCAGGUUUUUUAACUAACAAAAGUAAAACAUAAGCAUGCCACAGAGCUGUUGAUUUAUCAGUCAGUACCUGCAGUGAGUUUUCAGUGAAGCUCUCUGUGCUUAUGAGAUUCAUGCUACCUACAAAUGAACAGAAAUGACACUGUGAACAACGUAGUUGGGAAAUAGGUAUGUGUAUAUGCAUUAUUUAUAUUCGCUGUUAAACUGGGAAUGGGGAACAGCUCUGGUUCACAAUGCUACAUGCAACUGAGUUUUUGUCUGAUUUUACUAUAUCUGCUUGAUGGCAAAAGGGGAGGGGUGGCGGGUGGGAGAGGAAAUGUCAGGGCAAGUGCUCUGAUAAAAUGAAGGCAGGGAAACAAGCUGAAUUACUUGAAAUUACUUGAAUUUUCUUGUCUUAAAACUGAAAAAAAUGUAGUUACAAGUUGAAAUCUGCAAAUGGUUUUUACACCUCUGAUUUUAACAUGAACUGAUACUAAUGUUUGAAAUGAUAUGUCAGAAAUAUAAGCAGCUAUGUACUUAGAAUAUGUUUUGAAUGGGAGAAGGUAGAAAGUAGAAAGAACCAAGAAGGGAUGUGGCCUAUACAAGAAUAGAAUGUGAUUAGAAUGAUAGAACAUACCAGAGUUACUAAGAAAUUGAUAAGCGGCUGGCUUUAAGCUUAUGCAAGUGGUAUUUGGGAAAGUAGGAUGUGUGGAAGGGGGUUUGUGGUUUUGGUUUAAUUCAUGCAAUAUGAAGGAGAAAGCCUGGUCUAAGAAGAUGCUGUCUUUUAAUAGAAACACUUUCUAAGAUGUUACAGAUAAGAAUUAGAGAAUCUGAUUGCUGUUGGUUUGUUUGGAAAGAAAAAAGUAUGGCUUCUUCUACUAUUUGUUUUCAUGAUCAAAUUGUGUUUCUUAAUUUCUAGUCAUCCUUAUAUGUAAAAUGGGUGCUGGGGGUGGUGGGGUAGAGCAGGGAGAAUGUGUGUGUGUGUGUGUGUGUGUGUGUGAGAGAGCUUGUGCUAGGAUAGAUAAGCUACUUGGUAAAGGGUACAUUCGAACAUUUACAAAGUGUUAUACUUUUUAUCAAAUGAAAAAUGUUUGGGGGUUUGAAAACAUAGACCAUCAUUUCUCAUUGGAACCCAUUAGUUAAGAAAACCAGCAUGGUUUAACACCACAUGGGAACAUGAAGAACUUUUCUCAUGCUUUGAAAAGUACACUUGGCAAAAUUUUAAAAGUAAAGUUUUUAGACAAAUGUGAUAAGAAACAGUCAUUUCCAGUCACAAUAGGUGAUCUUUUGUAACUUUCAUAAAAGCAGUUCGUUUGCAGUAUGGCUUUUGUGUAGUUAGGAGUUUUUUAAGCGUAAAGAAAGGUAUAUGGGCUUUAAAAAUGAUUCUAAAUCUUGAAUAGAAAACACAUGAAUUGGUUUAAUAAAUAUGUCACCUUUUUAUUAUUGACAUUAAUUUAAGUAAUGGUACCAUAUAUAUUUAAAAAUACAUAUUGACUUGAAUUGUGAGGCAAUAAGAUACCUUCUAUAUGUAAUGAUCACAGAACUAACCCUUAUAACAUAGUUUUACUUAUUUUGUUUACUCUAAAAAUCUAUAGCAGAGUUUCUCUAUUUUAUAUUUCAUAGAUUUAAAAAAACCCAAAUAAAGAUGGAUUUUAAAUUCACUGUGGAAAAGAGUAGUGAGUAACAAACUGAGUAAAAAAGCAAGAAAUCCCUUAGUAAUCUGGAAGAGUUUACAUGACUUUAUUACAUAGCAUAUAAAACCAAGAUUUAGAGGGCUGUCUUCAGCGUCACUACCGUCUUGAAGCAGGGCACACACGUUAGGUAUUGUGAAAACAUCAAUCCAAACUUUUCUUCUGUUUGCACUGAUGCUGAUUUUUAGUUCUUUUGUUUAUACAACAUGUCUAUGUUGUGUGGGGAAAAUUUUUUCCCUUACUUUUUGAUUUUUUUUGGCUAAGUAGAGGACAUGGACUAGUUGUAGCAAACAAAACACACCGUUUGCUCUUGCCAAAGGUCAGUGAGUGAGUACAUUUGCUGCAGUGGUGGCAGACUUAGAGAACUAGAUCAUGACAAAGAUUUAAAACUAUGAAGAAGGUUACAGUGUAACUAUUUCGGUACUAGAACCAGUUCAUGCUGGCCGAAAAGACAAUGGUUUAUGGACUUGCAUCCAUUUUGUAUUUUUGUAAUAUUUGUAAAUAUGAACUUUUUAAAUCGUUGCAAAAAUGGUUUCUUUUGUAAGAUGUUUUCAACGUUUACAUUCAAUUCAAGCCUUUGUAUAUUUUAGAGCUGUGCAACACUUUAAGUCUUGUAUUUAUUUUUAGUAAAAAUGGUGACAGUUUCGUUGUGAACCCCUCUCAAAAAAAUGUACCAGAAAAGUUUGAUUACCUAGAAAGUGUGUAUAGAAACUGCAAAUAAACGUGACUGCAAUUAAACAA